AUGGUCGGUAUACAAAGUGAGGACACGCACGAGGUGCACGAGGCACAGACACCGAUUCUAGAGAACAUGGUUAUUGGAGUACCGCCUGUAUUUGAGGGCUUGACGAAGCAGCUCGACAAGAUUGUCGAGCAGCCGUUGCUCGGUCCAAAAGCCCAGUUUCCUCUAGCGAGCUUUGCAUACGCACGGAAGAAUGAAAGUGGAAGGCGGUUGCCGCAGGCGAUCGCGCACCGAGGCUUCAAAGCGAAGUUCCCUGAGAACACCAUGGGUGCAUUCAAAGGAGCUGUAGAAGUUGGUGCUGACGCUCUUGAAACGGAUGUUCACUUGACAAAAGAUGGUGUCGUUGUACUGUCGCAUGACAAAGAUCUGAAGCGUUGCUUUGGGCGAAAGGAAAAGCUUCUCGACUGCGACUACGAGUUCGUGAGUACACUGAGGACAUUGAAGGAGCCCCACGAAUCGAUGCCGAGAUUGUCUGAUCUACUGGAGUACUUGGCACAACCUGGACUGGAAAACAUCUGGUUACUGCUAGAUAUCAAGCUCGACAACAAUGCCGACGACGUGAUGCGUCUAAUCAGUGAGACUAUUCGAAGUGUGCCUCCCUCGCCGGCAAAGCCAUGGCAGAGUCGCAUUGUGCUGGGCUGCUGGGCGGCGAAGUAUCUGCCACUGUGCUCUCACUACUUGCCCGGUUUCUCAGUAUCACACAUCGGCUUUUCGGUGCUUGUCGCAUCAUACUUUUUCACAGUGCCGAACGUGUCAUUCAACAUGAACCAGGCAGUGCUGAUGCCGCCAUGGGGCAAGGCAUUCAUUCGUAAAGCGCAACGUGACGGGCGACCCGUGGAAAUAAUAACGCUGCAGGCUGGCCAAUGCGGCAACAGCGUCGGGCAGCAGUUCUGGCAGCAGCUGUGUCAAGAGCAUGGUAUCAACCAGGACGGCAACCUCGAGGACUUUGCGACCGAAGGCGGCGACCGCAAAGAUGUCUUCUUCUACCAAUCAGACGACACUCGUUACAUCCCGCGUGCCAUUCUCCUCGAUCUCGAGCCUAGGGUGCUCAAUUCUAUCCAGUCGAGCGCCUACAAGAACAUUUACAACCCCGAGAACUUCUACAUACACAAGUCAGGCACCGGCGCAGGCAACAACUGGGGCAUGGGAUACAGCAUGGGCGAAACAGUCCAUGAAGAGAUUCUCGAUAUGAUUGAUCGCGAGGCCGACGGCUCAGACUCGCUUGAGGGCUUCAUGAUGCUGCACUCAAUUGCUGGAGGUACUGGUUCAGGUCUGGGAUCGUACAUGCUGGAGCGCCUGAACGAUCGCUUCCCUAAGAAGCUCAUUCAGACCUACAGUGUCUUCCCCAACACUCAGGAUGGUGAUAUUGUCGUCCAGCCAUACAACAGUCUUCUCAGCAUGCGUCGAUUGACACAGAACGCUGACUCAGUCGUGGUCCUGGAUAACGGUGCUUUGUCGAAGAUCGCCGCAGACCGGUUGCAUGUGCUCAACCCCUCCUUCGAGCAGACGAACCAGCUCGUCUCGACCGUUAUGUCAGCUAGUACAACAACCCUGCGCUACCCGGGCUACAUGCAUAACGAUCUGGUCGGCAUUGUUGCGUCGCUCAUUCCAACACCACGCUGUCACUUCCUUAUGACUGCAUACACGCCGUUCUCAGGCGAGAACGUAGAACAAGCCAAAACUGUCCGCAAGACUACGGUGCUGGACGUCAUGCGGCGACUCCUCCAGCCCAAGAACCGCAUGGUCUCGACCAACCCCACCAAGAAGAGCUGCUACAUGUCCAUUCUCAAUAUCAUCCAGGGAGAGGCCGAUCCUUCAGAUGUACACAAAUCACUAAUGCGUAUUCGUGAACGACGACUGGCGACCUUCAUCCCUUGGGGUCCUGCCUCAAUUCAAGUCGCUCUGACCAAGAAGUCCCCUUAUGUACAAUCAUCGCACCGAGUAUCUGGCCUCAUGCUUGCAAACCAUACCGGUAUUGCAACACUCUUCAAGCGUAUCGUGGCGCAAUACAACACGCUCAGGAAGCGCAAUGCUUUCCUCGAAAGCUAUAAGCGCGAGGCGCCCUUCAAGGAUGGCCUCGGCGAGUUCGACGAAGCUAAGGAGGUCGUUCAAGGCUUGAUCGAGGAGUACGAGGACGCAGAGAACGCAGAUUAUCUAAGCAAGGAGACACCCCCUGUCGACGAAGAUGGCGACAAGCGGGUUGGCUGA